AUGUUCAAACUUUGUUUUGUAGUUGCAGAAAAGUCAAGUUUGGUAGACAUAGAUCCUAAGCAGUUUUGUGGCUUCAAUCCAUGUGAUAUUUCCAAGUGCCUGCUUGCUCCACUUGGCUCCUGUGUCAGUGACUAUAAAUGUCGUCCUGUCUUUUUUGAUGAAAAUAACAAAAGACUUGAAAGUUGUGUUGGUAAGUUCACGUGAAUCACGUCUUUGCAAAUUGAUUAAUUUAAAUUUAAAUUGAUCAAUUAAUUAAUUAAUUGAUUGAUUAUUAAUUAAUUAAUUAAAAUUUGACGUAUGGCUCGGCCCCUUAUCGUCACCCAACAAUUCAAUCAGUAUUUACGUUCGGAAUUAUCGUUUACUCAAAUUUAUAGAUUGCGCACUCUCUUGCGCACACAGAGUUCACACACGAGUGAACAAAUGACAAGACAACGAUGUUCAAUUUAUUUUACGUUUAUCACUUCUAAAUGUAGGUGAGGCCUCGGCCAUUAACAACGUCUGCGCAGGAGGCUAUUCUAAAUGAUACUGCAAAGAUUGCGAUUGACAAUUUCAAUAGUUAUUAAAACCGUCAGGAAAAGAAAUUUUAGCUAUGUAGACCAACACCGCGGAAAAACGUCUGCGCAUGCGUCAACCUUACCUGUAAUAGUAUUGCGAACUUGAUGAGAAGCUGUUCCGAACGUUUCCGAAGGAUCAAAAUGGCGGUAAAAAGGAGUGACUUCAUUGUGCGUCUUUACAGUCAGAUUUCAAGCGCAAAAAUAAACAUGUCAUUCUAAAAACUAGAAAUAAAUACAGCCAGAAGGUUCAAGAAAUUGUAUUGUACAAGAACAUGAACUAAAGGUGAUUGUUGACAAAUUUAUCGUCUGAAACAUUUUGCUUAUCAACUAAGCAAUGACAAUUUCCGAAUUUUCGUUUGAGAUACAUUUCUUUAAAAAAAACUGUGUCGCCAAAUAUAAAAAAUUUGCGUGUUCACAAUAAUUAAACUUUAGGAUUUAUUCUACAAUUUGAGUGGGUUAAGAAGCUUAACUUUUCGGGAGUUUUCUUAACUUUUUAGUUUGAAUUUUUGUUUUGAAUAAUUUUGCAAAAAUUUUCGAAGUCGUGUCCGUUAAAAUCAACAAUUUUUUACAUGAAUUAUAUUUCAUUCCAUACUUUAAAUGCCGGGACGCUUUCAAUUAAUGUCUAGUCUACCCAUUUGCUAUAUUUUCUCGUUUGUUUUACUAAUUUUUGACCAAUUAAUAAGCAUGUUUUUGUUUUAGAAAUUGAUAUUCAAAUUCCCCGCCAUAUUUUCAUAAUUUGGUGCAUGCGCAGACGUUUUUCCGCGGUGUUAUGUAGACCAAAUAACUCAACAUGUUAUGUCACAGCGAUACUAAAUAUCUGAAAAACAUAAAUCAAAGGACUUGAAGAAGUUAGGAUCAAAGUUAUCUGGAGGAAAGUACUGAUGAAUCUGUCGUAUUGUGCAGAAUUGUUAUAGAUGAUUCGAUUAUUUCGAUUAUUGUUACGCAUGACCGAUUACGAAAAAAACCCCGAAAAAGUAAUCGAUCAAUCGAUUAAUUAUCGAUCAAUCGAUUGAUUGUGAGCAGCUAUUGAUAACAUUGAAAAAUUUAAGAUUAAGAUUGAGAAUCUCUUAAUCUCUGAAUGAGAAUUAAGAGAUUCGUUAAGAUCACAUCAGACUGUGAAAUGGACCUCGUGUUUUAAAUAAAGAUGUCAAUCAAUCAAUCAAUCAAUACGAGGCUCUUCUAACUGUUUGAUUCAAUUUCAGGAAAGCAUAUCUACAUUAGCCCGGCACAGGUACCCCAGGUGUGCAAGAUAAAUCCCUGCGAGUUUACUCGUUGUUUAUUGGACUUUACUGAAGAGCGUUGUGUAGUCGGGACAAAAUGCCAGGCGAUAUAUUACAGUGCUGAGGGACAGCCACAGAAAUGCACAGGUAAUAUUUUGACUGUUUGAUUAUCUUUAUCUGUUUUGUUUUGUCUUGCCCUGCCUAGAUAAUGCUUGCCUUCUCUUGUCUUGCCUUCCAAAAAGUACUUCAUUUGUACUGGAUAAGUCUGUCAAAUUCAAACAAGAGCCUUACCUUCCAAAAAACGUACUUCAUUUAUACUGGAUAAGUCUGUCAAAUUCAAACAAGAGCCUUACCUUCCAAAAGACGUACUUCAUUUAUACUGGAUAAGUCUGUCAAAUUUAAAACGUUCUCCCAAGAGGUUCGGUUGGGGCCAACCCCAUUUGGUUAUAUAGUGUUACUGCAGCAGAAACUACAUUAUGCGAAGGAAAUACUCUUCUCCCGGAGCUUAAACGAGUGUCGAAUCUGGCCAUAGCAACUCGUCAUGCUAUGCCAAUAAACGCACAUUUGGAUAGUAUGGAUAUAAUAUGGAUUUAGUGGUGCAAUUGCAAAUGUCAUAGUAUGGAUUUUUCAUUUUUUUCCCCAGUGAAAUGAAUUGACUUAAAUUCAAAAGUAUUAAAGUAGAACUGUCAUGAUGUCAUCUUUGAAUUUUGUGAAAUGACAUAGAAUAUCGGUAUUGGCAAAAUAUCGGUCCUUCAAUAUCGGUUAUCGAAAUAUCUGUGAAUUUCCAUAUCGUUGCAUCAAUACUGGCUUCACCACUGGUUUAAACGUAAAUUUAUCGUAGCUCUUAUAUCACUCUUUAUAUAUUUUUCUCAGCUGUGCUCAAGGUUCCUGCUCGUCAAGUAUGCGGUUAUGAUCCUUGCAACGGAGAAUCAUGUCAAGAUAAUCCUUAUGCGAGGUGUCUGGUCACUUCAAAAUGUCGCCCUGUGUUUGUAAAUACUUUCAACGAACGGAUUCGCAAAUGUGAAAGUAAGGCAAUUAUAUUUCGCGAUGUUUAAAUAAAGUCAAAUCACUUGCUGAAAAUUGAUUCAGCGUAUGGGCCAGGGGCGAGCCACGGGAGGGGGAGGUGAGGUUCCCCCACUUUUCUUUAGGACUAAUUUUGUAAUUCUUCCAAAACUGAUGAGAAGCUAGGGUGCGUACCCAUGUAACACUCUUCAGAUGAUCAUAAAGUGAUAAAACGUGUCGAAAAUGCAUAAAUACAGUAGCGUUUCACAAAUCCUAAAAUAAAAAAAAUAUUCUGGGGAACCAUGCCCCCGGACGGACGGACAGCAUAGUUCUGUGUAUUCGACGAGUCGACCCCCAACACUUGUUUGGGGCUGCCUACGCCCCUGGUAUGGUCCACUGUAUAAAAUUAUCGAAUAAUAUUAUAAAAUAAUAUUUGCAUGUGAUAUCCGUCUCGCCAUUUAUUGUUAUAGUUAUUUCAUGUAGAUGAAGCUGCUUCAAAAAAUAACAGAAUAGUGGAAGCCAGGGAAGAGGAAUUCGAAGCAGAACCCGAUGUCGAUGAUGAUGGUGAUGAUGAUGAUGACGACGAUGAUCAACAGCAAGAAAAUAUUGAUCACGAUAAUGAUGAUAUUGGCUCCGAUAGCGAUGAUGAUAAUGGCUCCGAUAAUGAUGUUUACGAUAAUAAUCGAUAUUCAUACCCAAAGCAUUUUCAUGAUGAGGAACGUGGAAAUGAAAGAUUUAUUGGUGAUGAUGAUGAAGAUAGUGUUGAUCAUGAAGGUGCACAUGAGUAUGAUGGCGAAGAGAAUAAUGCAGAAGAGAAUGAGAGAAAUAUAAAUGCGUUCAAGAAUAAGUUGACUAAAGCAGAAGGCCAUCCCCAACAUCAUG